GUACAACUUUGCAUAAGAACUAGGUGCGUCCAUACUCCAUAGCCAUUUCUGUAAUCUGUCGGCAUUUGUAAAGUGAUAGUCAAGCUGCAAGCAAAGCGUCGUUCAAAACAUAAACAGUCUUUAUAAUUUUUUCAGUGACUUGAAAAAUCCUUCAACAAUGGCGGACGUGUUGGAUAUUGAUAAUGCCGAGGAAUUCGAAGUUGACGAAGAAGGAGAUCAGGGAAUCGCUAGACUGAAAGAGAAGGCGAAGAAAAGGAAAGGACGUGGUCAUGGUUCUGAGCUUGUUUCAACAAGAGAUGACAUUGGUCACUAUGAGUCAAUGCACAUAGUUGAAGACGACAAUGAGCCCGGUCCACAAAGAUCUGUUGAGGGAUGGAUUCUGUUUAUCACUUCUGUCCACGAGGAGGCACAAGAGGAUGACAUUCAAGAUAAAUUUUCAGACUUUGGACAAAUAAAGAAUUUGCAUCUGAAUCUAGACAGAAGAACUGGUUUCUUGAAAGGAUAUGCUCUCGUGGAGUAUGAAACAUUCAAGGAAGCUCAAGCUGCCAAAGAAGCCUUAAAUGGUGUAGAAAUUUUAGGACAACCUAUUGGUGUAGACUGGUGCUUUGUAAAAGGUCCCAAAAAAUUAAGAAAGAGAAGCGGAAGAAGACGAUAACCAAUUAAUCGUGUAAUAAAAUCAUGAAAUAUGUAAAUUCACAAUUCUACAUAUUUACAUUUAAUUU